AUGGAUCCCCCCUGGCCCACCGCUGCUGCUCCACCAAUCCCACUGGCCCCGCCAUGCACCCAAGAACAACUCGAUCGUGUUCGCGCCGAACUUGCCCCUCGUUUCCGCAUUCUGCACGACUUGCUCGAUGAGCAGGUUGCUGAGGAGAGAGAGCGCGUCAAAGAGCGCUUCAUCUUCGUUUGUGUGGCUGUUCUUGCCGUCAAGAUGGAGAUGGAACUUCUUGCCGAUGCUGAAGAGCGCAAGGAUAAAAAUGUCAAAUCGCAUCAAGUGGUCCCUGUUCAUAUGUGGGAUCUGCCAAUACGUUCAGCUGUGGUUUAUCACAUGUCGAGGUUCAAUGCACCGCUUGACGCGAACAAGCUUAGAGACUCCUUGAUCAAGCUAAUUGAUCGCGAUGGUGGUUGGCGCAAACUGGGUGCUAGAUUGCACCAGAACGACAAGAAAGCGCUAGAACUUCAUAUCCCACAUCGAUUCGAUACCGAUCAACCUGCAAUUGCAUUCAACCAUGAAAAGUUCGAAUGUACCAUCAACGAGCAUCCGCUGGCUUCGCGUCUGCCCUCAGCUUCUCAGGAGCCGGAAAUAGUUGCAUGUGCUAGUGACUUGGUUGCCCUCAUGCGCAGUAAGGGUGAUCCAGAAUCCUUCCAGGACUAUCUCAACAAGGAUCGACCAAUACUAGGGUUGCGUGUCGUAACAUUCGAUGACGCCACUCUAGUAACCUUAUCCUGCAAUCACUUGCUCUUGGACGGACUGGGAGGGAAAGCGGUGUUGGACGCAUGGUCUCUUGUACUUCAUGGCCGUGAGCACGAAGUUCCGGAUUUGCAGGGAGUCUACGAGGAUCCUCUUGCUACUUUGGGGACUCAGUCUACCGUCCCUUACAAACAUGAGUCGCGUGUUAUGGGUGUCCCGCAGCUCAUUUUGUUUGGCGUUCGUGCCUUGCUCCGCAGAACCUUUUCGAAGUCUGAGAUCAAAGACUACAUUAUUUGUGUCCCUAGCUCAUACGUCAAGGAGCUCAAGAGCAAUGCUCUCAAGGAAAUCACUAGAGCCAGCGACCCAUUGGCUGAGACGCCAUUUCUCAGUGACAGUGACGUACUCUGCGCUUGGUGGUCGAGAUACAUCGCAUCCUGCAUGUCAAAACAACCAACCGAGACAUUAGUCAUCAACAACCUGUUGGACUUGAGGCCAGUCCUGACACCAGAACUUUUCUGCCCUGAGAAUCCAUACGUAUCCAAUGCGCUCAUGAUGAUGCCUACAUUUACCACAGCAGCGCAGCUUCUUAGAAAACCCUUAGGCGAGACUGCUCUAUCGCUACGGCAGACAAUCAAGCAACUAAGCACAAGGGAACAAGUCGAAGCUCGGUUCUCUUUGGAUCGAGAAUGGCUGCGACGAACAGGUCAUCCAGCACUCUACGGAGAUCCAUGGAUGCGCAUGAUCAUCUGUACAAACUGGAUCAAGGGCAAAAUCCACGAGGUAGACUUUUCUCCUGCUCUCCUAGAAGGAAAGUCCAGAAAUACUGGUCCUGUGUGUCCGUCGUAUAAUCAGAUACAUGCUAUCAUCAAGGACUUUGAUCUCAUUAGCGGUUUUGCCAUCUCGAAAGAUAAGGAUGGCAAUUACUGGAUCUACGCUCGACUGGACGCUAAGCACAGGUCUAAGGUAGAGCAAAUGCUCUCUGAGGAGUUUUGGGCAGACUAG